AAGUCCGUUUGCACCCAAGAAAUUUCACCUGAGAUGUGCGGAUGCCACGUAUUCUUGCUCCGCACAAAUCGGGGCUUCAUCGACUAGCAUGCCUUGCAUUAUACAAAGCUCUGCUCCGUGAGAGCUCGCGGGUCGGCGCCGCGGUCGAAAAUCCUGCCGUCGCCAAAACUCUUCAAUCCUUGAUCCGCUUCCGGUUUCAUCGAGACCGCAAGCUGCUUUCGCCAUCACAGGUCGCCAACGGAUUAGAUGCAGGUCGUGGCGCCCUCUCCCUCCUCCGCGAAUGCGCCUGUAAAUCGGGCGAUGCCUUGAACAAGCUGAGCCAGACGCUCGAGCGUGUAGCUCUACAAGCCGAAUCUAUAUCGAAAUACCGCGCCGAACUGGCCUCGCGAUGGAAACCGCCUCCGCCCAGCCGGCGUGCCCAUCUGGAGAACCUGCGCCGCGUGGCCGACAAAGCAAAUCACGUCUCCACCCCCGAAACCCCACGCAUCUUUCAGCAUCCGAGACCGAUAUCUGAAGUGAAAUCGGGUGUGCGCAAAGUGCCCAAUCUGAUCUUGGCUCAGGGGAUUCCCCUUCUGAAAUACCCUGGCCCUACUCCGGUGUUGUUGAAUAGGGUGUUGAAGAGUAAGAUCCAGUGGGGUGUCCGAAAGUGGGCACAGCAUCUGGACCUCGCGGCAAAGAUUCAGCUUGGUGAAUGGGAAGAUGAGUGGGACGCCGUCCUUGCACGAGAGCAGGGUGUCCGGGAGUCACACGAGGCCGCAACCGCAAGCGGUCAGCUAGGGCUGCAGGGAGGACCGGCAGAUAAAGACUCUACAGAGACCUCAUCGGGGAUCAAAACGCACUUUGCCAGCUCCAAGCGAUACGGCAGCAGGGAUGAGAAGAACAAUAAUCAGCCGACACCCCGCUCCGAUCUCGCCGGUCCGGGGAUUUCCUGGACAUGGGCACUGCGCCAGGUUGACCGACAACUUGAACAGGCCGUCCAGGCGCGUGGACGUCAGUACGCGGAACUAGGGGACAAGUAUUGGCGGGUCAUUUUGAAGGAGAGAGAGAUGAAGGAAAAAGAGAGGAGGGAGCGGAAGCAUGCUCGGAGGAUGGCGCGGAAACAGGCGACAAAUAUCUGUGGGACCGAGGAGCGCGACGGGCCAGUGAGCAGCGUGUCUUCUGGUUUCAUAUGAAAACGUCCAGUCCGCGAAAGAACAAGGUGCCCUCGCUACCCUUGCUGUAUCUGAGUGUGAGAUGGGCAAUCGAUAUACACGCCGAGCAUGAAGUUGGCCUGUGUACCUUUGUACAAUCUUGACGAUAGUGGUCGAGUCCUUUCCAAAAUUCAAACUCGUUGCAAUCUAAUUCUAGGGUAUACUAAGCCGAGAACAGUCUAUCCUAGUC